AGUCAACUCAAUAGCGUCGUCCGAAAUCAUCCAGCUGUACGGCCCCAAACGGCUUUUGUGGGUUCCCAGUUGUCUCCGGGCAUUGCGAUUGGUACGGUACAUCUUGACGCUUCGUGUGUGCAGCGUAAUCACCGCGCGGGCUUACAGGAACCGGUACCCCGAUAGCCGGGACUUCUAGCUCCCUCCCUAUGUCGUACAGUCUUCUCCUUCUAAGCGGCACAGUGAUCGCCACACUGUUAUGGAGAAUGUCCAUAUACGUGCGCUUGCUCAUCGCUAGUACACCGCUGUCCCUUCUCCCCGGUCCUCCAAGGGAGUCAUUCUGGAAUGGAAACCUAAGGCAAUACCUUGCUCGGCAUGCCGAAGACUUCCAGAGACAUGUCGCUGUCGAUUUCGGUCCAGUCGUCAAAAUGUCUGCAUAUCUUGGUCGUCCUCUUCUAUAUGUCUCCGAUCCGAGAGCCCUUCAUAACAUUCUGAUCAAGGAGGAGCAUAUCUUUCAAGAACAAGAGGUAUUCAUAUCCUCUAAUCUGAGGCUAUUCGGGCCGUCGCUACUGGCUACAUCCGGCCAGAACCACGGUAAACAACGCAAAUUAUUAAAUCCCGUCUUCUCAAUCAACCACAUGCGCCACAUAUUACCAUUGUUUUACACUGUAUCUCAUAGGCUCAGAGAGGCGAUCACUGCCCGAGUACAAGAAGGCCCGCGAGAACUCGACGUAUUGUACUGGAUGGGCCGUGCUUCGCUCGAACUCAUCGGCCAGGGAGGCCUCGGGCACUCCUUCGACCCACUCAUUGAAGACCGCGAAGACCCGUAUGGCCAAGCAGUCAAAGCGUUGAUACCAAACUUUGGCCGGGUGCUACACCUGCGGUGGCUCGCCGUCCUCGCGGACAAGUGGAAGGUGCCGAAGCGGCUACAGCGCGCUGUCGUACAGGUGUUUCCGACAGACUCUGCCGCCCGCAGACUUAUGGAUGUUGUCGACACGAUGGACGAACAAUCGCGGAUGAUAUACAACAUGAAGAAGCGCGCAUUUGACACGGGCGAUGCAAAGGUGGUGAAGCAAGUUGGAGAGGGUAAGGACAUCCUGAGCGUCCUGAUGCGCGCGAACGCGAAUGCGGACGUGAACGAGCGACUCCCAGAGGAGGAGACGCUAGCGGAGCACACAGACGUGCAGGAAAAACUGCGCCAAGAACUCUUGGACACCGGCGCGGCGCAUGGGAUGUCGUACGAACAAUUGAACCAGCUCCCGUAUCUUGAUGCCGUGUGUCGGGAGUCGCUUAGACUGCAUCCUGCAGGUGGAAACAGGUUCAGAGUGGCUGUCGCCGAUACCGUCCUUCCUCUGUCUCAGCCUGUCACCACUCUGAAGGGUGAGGUCAUGUCAGAAGUCCCCGUCCCGAAAGGUACCGAGAUCCUUGUCGGUGUGAUGGAGGAUGCUCUCGAAUGGAAACCCGAGCGCUGGUUGUCCCUGCCAUCUACUGUUACGGACGCUCGGGUUCCAGGAGUGUAUUCGAAUUUGCUAACUUUCAUCAGCGGAAAGAGGGCGUGCAUGCUUCAAAUUGCUGAAAUGGAGAUCA